GCGGCGAGAAGGGCGACGGCGACGGCCAGGCAGGAUGCUGCAAUUGGGCAAGGUCAGGACCUUGCACUGAAGAAGCCCGCGGGGCGCCGCAGCCACCUCCCUCCUCCCCGCCUUGAGGAUUUGCCUUUUGUUAUUGGUAUAUGCUCGGGAAACAGCAAGCAGGGGCGACGGCGUUGGGAGCUAUGCCUGUUCCAGACCAACCAUCGUGUUCUGACAAGACAAGUUCCCUUAGCCCUGUCCUGAAUACAUCUAACGGAGAUGGAUCUGAAACAGAGACCACAUCUGCCAUUCUGGCAUCAGUCAAAGAACAAGAGUUACAGUUUGAAAGGCUUACCCGAGAACUUGAGGCUGAACGCCAGAUUGUCGCCAGCCAGCUGGAGAGAUGUAAGCUUGGAUCUGAGACUGGAAGCAUGAACAGCAUUAGUUCAACUGAAGAACAGUUUCACUGGCAAACACAAGACGGUCAGAAGGAUAUAGAAGAUGAGCUCACAACAGGUCUUGAACUUGUUGACUCCUGUAUUAGAUCUCUGCAAGAGUCUGGAAUACUUGACCCACAGGACUAUUCAACUACCGAAAGGCCCAGCCUUCUAUCCCAGAGUGCACUUCAGCUCAAUUCCAAACCCGAAGGGUCUUUCCAGUAUCCAUCUAGCUACCAUAGCAACCAGACCCUUGCCCUUGGUGAUUCAGCAGCAUCACAGCUUCCAGCCCGCAGCAGUCAAGCCAGAGCUGCUAUACAGAACUAUAGCCAGGCCACCGCCGGCCGGACAGCCCACCUCGCCGGCUCGGAGCCGCCGCCGCCUCCGCCUCCUCCGCUGUCUCAGCCGCUGCCCCGGGAGUCGUUCGCGCCGAGCCAUGGGAGCGCCUUCCACUUGCCGGACUCGUGCUCGUCCGCCUCUUCGUCCCAGGCGCAGCCGCACUCGCCGGCCCUCUACUACUCCAGCUCCACGCUGCCGGCGCAGCGGGUGAGCUCGCCCUUGUCCAUGCAGCAGGUGGGCUCGCCCACCAAGCUCCAGCGGGCCGGCUCCGCCUCCGAGAGCGCCGCCGCCGCCGCCGCCUCGGGCUACAGCACCACGCAGCGCGUCUCCUCCCCGAAGCAGUCGCCCAGCCGCCUCGCCAAGUCCUACAGCACCAGCUCGCCCAUCAACAUCGUCGUCUCGUCGGCGGGGCUCUCGCCGUCGCCCAUCCGGGUCACGUCGCCGCCCACCAUCCCCUCCAACAUCUCGUCGUCGCCCAUCCACCAGCUGAGCUCCACCAUCGGCACCUACGCCACGCUGUCGCCCACCAAGAGGCUGGUGCACCCCUCCGAGCAGUACGGCAAGCAUUCGCAGGAACUGUAUGCCACCGCCACCCUGCAGAGACCGGGCAGCCUUGCAGCUGGAUCCCGGGCUUCUUAUACCAGCCAGCAUAGCCACUUGGGCUCCGAGCUAAGGGCACUGCAGUCUCCAGAGCACCACAUAGAUCCUAUUUAUGAAGACAGAGUAUAUCAGAAGCCCCCUAUGAGGAGUCUCAGCCAGAGUCAAGGGGACCCUCUUCAACCAGCACAUACAGGCACAUAUCGCACUAGCACAGCCCCAUCUUCCCCUGGUGUCGACUCCGUACCCUUACAGCGCACAGGCAGUCAACACGGCUCACAGAAUGCAACAGCGACCUUCCAGAGGGCCAGCUAUGCAGCCGGCCCAGCCUCCAAUUACGCAGACCCCUACCGACAGCUGCAGUAUUGUCCUUCUGUUGAAUCACCAUACAGCAAAUCUGGACCAGCCAUCCCACCUGAGGGAACCUUGGCUAGGUCACCUUCAAUUGAUAGCAUUCAGAAAGAUCCCAGAGAGUUUGGAUGGAGAGACCCGGAACUUCCAGAAGUCAUUCAGAUGUUACAGCACCAGUUCCCCUCAGUACAAUCCAAUGCUGCCGCCUACUUACAGCACCUCUGCUUUGGAGACAAUAAAAUAAAAGCUGAGAUAAGAAGACAAGGAGGAAUACAGUUACUGGUGGACCUAUUGGACCAUCGAAUGACAGAAGUCCACCGUAGUGCCUGUGGAGCGCUGAGGAAUUUGGUGUAUGGGAAAGCCAACGACGACAACAAAAUUGCUUUGAAAAACUGUGGGGGUAUUCCAGCACUAGUACGAUUACUGCGCAAGACUACAGAUUUGGAAAUCAGAGAACUAGUCACAGGAGUUCUCUGGAAUCUGUCAUCUUGUGAUGCACUAAAAAUGCCAAUUAUCCAGGAUGCCCUUGCAGUGUUGACCAAUGCAGUGAUCAUUCCUCAUUCAGGAUGGGAAAACUCCCCACUCCAGGAUGACCACAAAAUACAGCUUCAUUCAUCACAGGUGCUGCGCAAUGCCACUGGGUGCCUAAGGAAUGUCAGCUCUGCUGGAGAAGAAGCCCGCAGAAGAAUGAGAGAGUGUGAUGGACUUACUGAUGCAUUGCUGUACGUGAUUCAGUCUGCUCUAGGGAGCAGUGAAAUUGAUAGCAAGACCGUUGAAAACUGUGUGUGCAUUUUAAGGAACCUCUCAUACAGACUCGCUGCAGAAACAUCUCAGGGACAGCAAAUGGGGACCGAUGAACUAGAUGGCUUGCUUUGUGGCGAUGCCAAUGGAAAAGAUGCAGAAAGUUCGGGAUGCUGGGGCAAGAAGAAGAAGAAAAAGAAAUCUCAAGAUCAGUGGGAUGGCGUAGGUCCUCUCCCCGACUGUGCAGAACCACCAAAAGGAAUCCAGAUGCUGUGGUACCCAUCCAUAGUCAAACCCUACCUCACACUUCUCUCUGAGUGCUCAAAUCCAGAUACGUUGGAAGGGGCAGCUGGCGCACUACAAAAUCUGGCCGCAGGUAGUUGGAAGUGGUCAGUCUAUAUCCGCGCUGCCGUACGGAAAGAGAAAGGCCUGCCUAUACUGGUAGAAUUGCUUCGAAUAGAUAAUGACCGGGUAGUAUGUGCGGUUGCAACAGCUUUACGGAAUAUGGCCUUAGAUGUCCGAAAUAAAGAGUUAAUAGGCAAGUAUGCUAUGCGGGAUCUGGUUCACCGGCUUCGGGGUAACAACAGCAACAGUUCAGGAAGCAAGGCCAUGUCCGAUGAUACUGUCACUGCUAUUUGUUGCACCUUGCAUGAAGUCAUCACAAAAAACAUGGAGAAUGCCAAGGCCUUACGGGACGCAGGAGGAAUCGAGAAGCUUGUUGGCAUUUCCAAGAGUAAAGGAGACAAGCACUCACCAAAAGUAGUGAAGGCAGCAUCUCAGGUCUUAAAUAGCAUGUGGCAGUACAGAGACCUGAGAAGUCUCUACAAGAAGGAUGGAUGGUCACAGUAUCACUUUGUAGCCUCAUCUUCAACGAUAGAGAGGGAUAGGCAAAGGCCGUACUCCUCAUCGCGUACGCCCUCCAUCUCUCCUGUGCGCAUGUCUCCCAACAACCGUUCAGCAAGUGCCCCAGCCUCACCUCGGGAAAUGAUCACUUUAAAAGAAAGAAAAACAGACUACGAAUCAACCGGAACAAAUGCUACUUAUGGAAAUAAAGGGGAGCACACUUCUAGGAAAGACGCAAUGACAGCUCAGAACACUGGAAUCUCUACUUUGUACAGAAAUUCUUAUGGUGCACCUGCUGAAGAUAUUAAACACAACCAGGUCUCAACACAGCCAGUUCCACAGGAGCCCACUAGAAAAGAUUAUGAACCAUAUCAGCCAUUUCAGAAUUCAACAAGAAACUAUGACGAGUCCUUCUUUGAGGACCAAGUACAUCACCGUCCUCCUGCAAGCGAGUACAAUAUGCAUCUGGGACUUAAGUCCACCGGGAACUACGUUGACUUCUACUCGGCUGCUCGGCCCUACAGUGAACUCAAUUACGAAACAAGCCACUAUCCUGCAUCUCCGGAUUCCUGGGUUUGAAAUUUGGGCAAGGAAAAAACAAAACAAACAAAAAAAACGGCUCCGGGAACUGUGCAUGUGCAUGCAUACCACAAGACAUUCUUUUCCUGCAAAUUUAGUUUGUUAAAAGCCUGUUCCAUAGGAAGGCCCUGAUAAUCAAGUGUGGGAAACUUUUAAGAUGCUUUUAGAUGGCUAAAAGAUUUGGACAUUAAGCACGGGAGUGUCAUUAGAAAGGGGGGAAAUGUAUAUCUAUUUCUGUAUCUAUAUAAUCCCAUCUCCCUCUAUAUAUAUAGAUAUAGAAAUAUAUUGUGGGGAGGGGGGCAGCUUUGCAGUUGUCCCUUGUAUGUAGAGUGUAAAACAAAUAGUGCUGUAUAUUGAAUGUGGCUGAAGGAAAGAGAGGAAGGUACAACAGCCGAUGUAGGACCAGAGUUAAGCACAAGAAAAUGAAUAGUUUACAAAACCUUAAGGGGGACAGCUUCUCACACUUUGUUUCCUCUCCUCAUCCAUUGUGAAUCUAGGCUUCAAGUUGCAUUUGGGGUUUCCUCUGUACAGCAAGAUGUUUCUUGCCUUUUGUUAAUGCAUUGUUGCAAAGUAUUUGAUGUACAUUACAGAUUUAAAAGAGAGAGAGAGAAGUGCAUUGUGUAUAUUACACCAAUGCCACAGUGUUUCUUCAUCUAUGGUUCUAAAUAUUGCUUCAAUUUCAAAACUUUGAAAUAUGUAUGAAUUUCCAGGGGGGGAGGGCUUUUUUCCCCUUUUCCCCUUUCUUUCUUCCUUUUCUUUUCCCCAGUGCGUUUUAACAAAAAAAAAAAAAAACCAACAGAAUAUUUAGCAGUAUUGUUCGUUCUGAUAUGUGAAUUUGUUUGUGGCAACUAAAAAAAAAGGCAUUCAGCAGUUUCUGACAAUUAACAUUCAUCAUUCCACACUCCUUGUCAACGAAGUGCUUUUUCACUGCCUAAAAUUUUAGAUGUAGAUAUUUGAAAUAGAUUUUUUCAUUUAUACCAGUUUUCUUUAUGAUGAUACAGUGUUAAAAAGAAAAUAAAUUACAAUUGAUCUGUCAUC